UCUCCUCCGUUAAGGUCCCUCCAAUUCAACUGCCCUCGUAUCCAUAUCUUUUUGCGUCGACACUGGUUAGUAGUCACCACCAAAGCAUGGCUCUGGCAGCUCCACCUCGGCUCCCCAAACCCAUGCCCGGUUUCUUACGAACCCUCCAGUUCGCCGCCUCCCAAACCAUUUGUCAUCCGUGUAGCCACCGACGUAAACCGUCUCUGGUUCCGCAACUCAGAAGAAUCGCUCUCCGCGCACCGACUAUUUUGCCGUUGGCAGUUUCUGAAGCAAAGGAGAGUGCGAUGACUGAAGGUUUGCCGGACCCGCCGGUGAGAAUAGUGGCCCUCUUCGGCGAGGGAAGUGUGAGCCCUCUGAAAUCCACCCCCUGGCAAGAGGUCAUGCUUCACACAGCAAAACGACUGAAGUGGGUCGACGAAGGGUAUGAAAUGCUUGUAUUUACUGACAGUUUAUGUAAAUCCGGUGAUGAUAAUGCUACUACCCUUCAAAGGGUAUCGAGCCUUGCAGAUAUUUUGGUUAUUGUUGCAGUUACAGAUCAAGAAUCAGUUCUGUGGAUACAGGCCAACUGUGAAAAUAUCCAAAACAUAAUCUGCUUCGAGUCUUCCCGGGAUUUGGUAAACAAAUUAGGAGGAUCUUAUGUACUAUCUGAUAAAAAAGGAAAGCUAUUCGACAAAAUUGUAGGAUUUUCACAGUCAAAGAAAGCAAGUGAAUCUGAGGAAGUAGUUCGGACUGUAUCUGAGGCAUGGGACCGGCAUAAUUCUGAUGAUAUAAGGUUCUGUUUGUUGGUUAUAAUCAAUGCAUACAUAAGGCCGGUACCGAUCCUAAAAAAUCUGAGAUCUAAGGGAUUUUCUACCCUGAACUGCAUGGUAAAGAACUGUGGGCCUCAGAUACUCAACUGCCUCUUGGAUCCUAAUUGUCGGAAAGCUCUUCAGUGCUUGAACCGGUGCAGUCCUGUAGACCAAGUGUGUAAUUAUCGGUGUAUUGCUUCUUACGAAAGUCCAAAUCUAGAAGCAUUUUCUCUUUGUGUAUUGCAGAAGCACAAUUGUCUCGAACUCGACGCAAAGAUCCCUGAAAAGCCAUACGUGACUCCCAUGGAGAAAUUCCGAGGGAAGGACUUGUGCAAUGAAACUGCUGAAGAUCUUUUUGUUGGCUGGUUGGGGAGUUUGAACUGGAGUUGGCGUGUUGUGGCAGGCCAGAACCCAGCUUAUGAUCAGUUUCCAUGCCAGUACCAGUUAUUUUAUAGGGGAAAGGCAAAAGGAUCAUUUUGGUAUGAGCCAGUUUUUCAGGUUAAAACCUUAGAGGAGAAGAUGGUUUGGAGGAGGCGAAAAUAUAGGGUUAAGAGAGGGAAGAUCCCAGGGACAUUCUACUUCAGUGUCUUGGAUAAUGGGGUUGUUUCAAAUGAGUUUUGGACAAUUGUUGAUGUAAAUAAUGAUCUUAGUUGGGCUUUGUUUCAUUAUAGUGGGGCUGCUCGAGUUGCAGGACAGUCUUACACUGGGGCAGUGCUUGUUACUCCAGAUGGGGCAUACCCAAAAGAUACAGAUAGGAUGAAAUUAGCUCUGGCUUUGGAGAAGUGUGGAAUCAAAGAUUGGGAGCUAUAUACAGUAGAUAAUUGUUCGUGUGUAGAUCCUCCGUUAGGUAUUCCAGAAGGUGCAAGUUUACAUUCUAUGAUUGAAGUUAAAGAUCAGACAUGGACCGCAGUGUAGGCAAGCAUGUAGACUUGCGAGCAGCUUAGGCCACAAAUUCUAUAAACAUGAGUUGGGAUUGUCAAAAUAGAUGUUGAUGAGUAAUGGUUUGGUGCAUCAUAUUGAAAUCGAAUUCCCCCUGAGAUUUCAAGCCAGGUUUAUGCUUCCUCACUAGUUCUGAUCAACUCUUUUAGCCUCAGUGUAUCCUCUUGAUAAAGUUGGCUUUGUUAGUUUCAUCACCAAUAAAGAUGCAAAAUGGGAACUAUUUUUUUGAA